UGGUCAGGUGAUGCAGGCGGCAUCAUGUGGGCCGGGCCSGGCCGGGGCCGGCCGAGUUGCUCUGUGCCCCAGCGGCAGCGAUGAGGACGAUGGAACUGAGCGGGGUGGUUCUGGUUCUGGCCCUGGCCCUGGCGCCGUCCUCCGUGGCCCUGGAGAACGGGCUGGCGCGCACUCCCCCCAUGGGCUGGAUGUCCUGGGAGAGGUUCCGCUGCAAYGUGGACUGCGAGGCGGAUCCCCGCAACUGCAUCAGUGAGCAGCUCUUCUUUGAGAUGGCAGACAGACUGGCAGAGGAUGGCUGGAGGGAGCUGGGCUACAAGUACAUCAACAUUGACGACUGCUGGUCUGCCAAGCAGCGGGAUGCAACAGGACGGCUGGUUCCUGACCCCAAGAGAUUUCCCAGAGGAAUUAAGGCUCUGGCUGAUUAUGUCCAUGCCAAGGGCCUGAAGCUGGGCAUUUAUGGUGACCUGGGCAUCUUCACCUGUGGGGGCUACCCAGGAACCAUGCUGGAACAUGUGAAACUGGACGCCCAGACCUUUGCAGAGUGGGGUGUGGACAUGCUGAAGCUGGAUGGGUGCUACUCGACUGCAGAGGAGCAGGCAAAGGGAUACCCGGAAAUGGCGAGGGCCUUGAAUGCCACAGGCCGUCCCAUUGUCUACUCAUGCAGCUGGCCAGCAUAUCAGGGGGGUCUCCCCCCCAAGGUGAACUACACCAUCCUGGCAGAGAUCUGCAACCUGUGGCGUAACUAUGAUGACAUCCAGGACUCCUGGGACAGUGUACUUUCCAUUGUGGACUGGUUCUUCACAAACCAGGACGUGCUACAGCCAGCAGCUGGCCCYGGUCACUGGAAUGACCCAGACAUGCUCAUCAUUGGAAACUUUGGCCUUAGCUAUGAGGAGUCACGCUCCCAAAUGGCCUUGUGGACAGUGAUGGCAGCUCCGCUCCUCAUGUCCACGGAUCUCCGCACCAUCUCCCACAGUGCCAAGGAGAUCCUGCAGAACCGCCUCAUGAUCCAGAUCAACCAGGACCCCCUGGGAAUCCAGGGCCGCAGGAUUGUCAAGGAGAAAUCCCACAUCGAGGUGUUUCUGCGCCCGCUGUCCCAGGCUGCCAGCGCCCUUGUAUUCUUCAGCCGGAGGACAGAUAUGCCCUUCCGCUACACCACCAGUUUGGCCAACCUCCACUUCCCCAAGGAUACUGUGUAUGAGGUACAAGACGUGUAUGCCGGGAAGAUCAUCGGUUCCUUAAAGACAGCAAGCAACUUCUCACUUGUUAUUAACCCCUCGGGGGUGGUGAUGUGGUAUCUCCGUCCCAUGGCACUCCCAGUACAACCCGGCUAUGUCAGACAGCAAGCCCCUGGCGAGGGUUUCCACCCAAUCCUUCUGUGACAAGGCACAGCAGAUGGGGUGUGGACCAGUGCCAGGGUGAGCUGUGACACCCCAGGGCACAUGGCUCUUUACUGCACAAGUGCCUUUUGCUGUUGAGCCCAGCAUUGCUGGGCAGUGCCCAUCCCCUGGUGCCAGCUUGAUGAUGUCUGCUCAAUCUGUAAAUCAGGAAUUCUUGUUGCCCACUGCUUAAGGGUGUGCAGAGCACAAUUCCUUGGUGAUUGCAAAGCCUUUUGAGAUCCUCCUGUGGAAGAUGCCAUACAAGUAGACUCCAGCCACUACUGAAGUUUGUCAGCUCUGACAUCUGAGAACUUUAUGGCUUUGAGCUGGAUACUGCUGAAUGCUGCAGGGACUGUUUGAACUACAGCUGUGGAAAGGCUCUGGGUGCUUUAGUAUCUCCUAGGGUUGUGACAUCCCCUUCUCCUAUUUCCCCUACCCUCAUCCCCCAAGUGCAUGAUGGCAUUAAUCUCAAGGAUCAGACUUGGUCACCUUCUUUCUCUUGCUAUGAUCAGCUUGGUUUAGUAUAAGGGGCUGUCAACAGGGCUGCAUCCCUCUUGUGAAUCCCCACCAGGACUAAGAGCUCCUGGAGGCAUGAUGGUCCUGUGCAGAAAGACUUUGCCUGCAGCAGGCUGAGCCUGCUGCCACAAUCCUAGAGGCCAGCACUACUGCAGCUUAGCAUGCUUGCUAGCACUGUAUGAAGUCCCUCUGGUAGCAGUUCACAGCAGAGCAGAGCUAAAAUCUCCUUGAGCCAUGCACGAUUCAAACAGAUGUGCUGUGGUACACCCCAAAAACUGCAGUCAUAGCRUGUGUAGCAGUGUUGGCAGGGAAGAUGCUGAUGCUCAGAUGAGGUGGUCUUUUGGCUUGGGAGAUGGUCACAGGUGCCUCCAGGCUGGAAGUUGCAUCCCUCUUGCUCUAGAAUGAAAUUUCUGAUAAAAGGAGGAUCGGGUCUUACUCCAGGCUGAAAAUCCAGAUUUCUGAGGAAAAGGCUUCCUCUCCCUGAGGGCAGCUACAUCCACAGCUCUAUCCUGAGGAGGAGCCUGCACUGAUAAAACUGGAAGUGCGUGUCAGGACAGACUCUAAAGCCUUCAACUACUUCACCUUCAUACAGCACACCAGCUCUGGAGGAAUUCUAGGUGACAAGAUUAAGACUUUUCAGACUGGGAAAAUAAUACAUUUUAGGUUAGGCAAAAAAACCCAAGUUCUCUAUUUAGCUGUGAGAGGAUUCCUGGUUAUCCAUGCACUCUGGUUCCUGCAGGACUAAAUUGUUGAUUCUGGCCCCUUCCAGAAACUUUCUCUGGGUGCAGGGUCAAGAUACUGAACACAGUGCUCGCAGUUCUAAAAAGGAAGGACUUGCUAACAAGGAGCUGGCUUUGUUCUUGGGAAGUGAUUGAGGCAAAUUGAAAUAAAGGGAAACAGAUCACA